AUGGCAAAGAUAUCUUCUUCUGAGCGAUGUAAUCUUAGUGAAGUUGCUCAUUAUAAUCAGAAGAAAUCAUCUAUUUGUGACUUUAGUAAUUUGGAUAACAUUUAUUUUGAUUUUAACUCCCCCCCUUACCAAGAUUUGGUACAGAGUACAGAUUUCCAAUGGGAAGACAUUAAAAAAGCCACACCUUUUUCACCACUUGGUCUUGUUAAAGAUUUUGCAAGCAGGGCAAAAAAGUUGAAUGGCGAAAAGAUUCACGUUCAUUCCCAUAAUAACGAAGAAUCACAUGAAGAGGAUGACCAAAAAAUGUCAACUAAUGCGAGAAUUCAAAUGGCAGGACAGCAUUUUAUCGAUAUUUACUCUUCAAAAGUUGAUGAAGUCUCUGAUCUAAGCCAUCCAUAUCCCAUCACAUUCUCUGGAAUAUCAGAAGAUGAAGCUAAAGAUGUAGAACUUCUGCUUACUCUUUUGUAUUCAGCUGAGAAAACCAGUCAAGGAAAGUUUGACCAGGCAAGCAAACUCAUUGAGUUUUGCAAUAAGACAUCUUCAAAUGAAGGGAAUCCUGUUCAAAGGCUGGUUUACUACUUUUCUCAAGCGAUUAUUGAGAAAAUUAACCGAGAAACGGGAAAAGUGGCCAAUGUUGGACUUGACAAGAUGUUUGAUCUUCAAAGUGUGUUAAUGAAUGUUGACGAGAGCAUAUUUACAUUUUUCCAAAAAGUCCCAUUAGCAAAGAAUCUAAAAAACUUCAUAUAG